AGAGAGAAGAAAAACAGAAACUUUACCAAGUCUUUGCGCGUUCUGGGCUCGAACCAGUGUAACAAUCUCUCAGGUAAAUAAGACUGUGUUUUAGAAAAGGUUUGCAAAAAUGAGUGACAAUUUAAUGGACAAAGUGAGUGCUUUUGGCGAACGCCUCAAGAUUGAAGGGACAGAGGUGGGCAAAAAGAUGAGUGCAGGCAUUAGCUCGAUGAGUGUUAAGAUGAAGGAGCUUUUCCAAGGCCCCAAUCAGGCCGAUAAGCUUGCUGAGGAUGCUACAUCAGAGGCCUUAGAGGAGCCUGAUUGGGCCUUGAAUCUCGACAUUUGUGACAUGAUAAAUACCGAAAAACUCAACAGUGUUGAACUGAUUCGCGGAAUAAAGAGGCGAAUUAUGUUGAAGAAUCCUAGAGUUCAGUACUUUGCUUUAGUGCUACUUGAAACAUGUGUCAAGAACUGUGAGAAGGCUUUCUCAGAGGUGGCAGCUGAGAGAGUUCUUGAUGAGAUGGUGAAGCUUAUUGAUGAUCCACAGACUGUUGUUAACAAUCGCAACAAGGCUUUAACGCUGAUUGAAUCAUGGGGGGAGUCAACCAGUGAGCUCCGCUAUUUGCCUGUUUAUGAAGAAACAUAUAAGAGUCUGAAAUCAAGGGGUAUUAGGUUCCCUGGUCGCGACAAUGAGAGCUUGGCACCUAUUUUUACUCCCCCUCGCACAGUCUCAGCUCCGGAUCCAGUUUCAGAUACGGAUGCUAGUCUCUUGCGUCAGCUUCAACGUGAUGCUCCUGUGCUAAGCUUUACUGAGGAACAAACUAAGGAAGCAUUUGAUGUCGCAAGAAACUGCAUUGAGCUCCUUUCUACCGUCUUGUCCUCUUCCCCACAGCAAGAUGUUUUAGAGGAUGACUUGGCAACCACACUUAUACAGCAGUGCCGCCAGUCACAGUUCACUGUGCAGAGAAUCAUAGAAACAGCCGGAGACAACGAGGCCCUGCUAUUUGAAGCCCUGAACGUGAACGACGAGAUUCAGAAAGUUCUGUCCAAGUACGAAGAGCUGAAGCCCUCUGUUGUCUCAGCUGAGCCAGAGCCCGCGAUGAUACCUGUCGCGGUCGAGCCUGAAGAGUCACCUCGCCAUCCAAAGGAGGACACUUUGAUUAGAAAACCAGCCAGUUCUCGUGUUGGUUCGCACGGAGGGAGCAACGAUGACAUGAUGGACGAUCUAGAUGAAAUGAUAUUUGGGAAGAAAGGCGGCGGUGGGGGUACAUCGGAAGGGGGACAAGAUCCUAAGAAGCAGCAACCAGCAAAAGAUGAUCUAAUCUCCUUUUGAGCUGCUAUUUAUUAUACACACUGAUAAUUCCAUAUAUUUGGUGGGACUUGAGGCCUGUGAUGGUGUUUCCAUACCCAGUCUGUUGAGGUGUUGAAAGGUUUAGGUGUUUGAAAAUCUUUUUAACCUUUGAUAAACUGAAUUAUCCCUGUCUUUUCUUAUAUGGAAUUGACAAAUCUACCAUUUGUUUUCUGAACUGAACAUUAUGUGUAAGUAAUUCAUGUUAAAUUUGGGUACCAUAUUUGCCUGAUGAAUAUAUAACCACAUUGGAUUCUUGAAC